AUGGAGACUCAGUGGAAGAAGCUGUCUUCCUUACUCUGGCUGCUCAUUCUGGGGAUAUUUGCUCAGAGAAAGACCCAGGCAGCCUACCACAAGCAUGAAAUGAAAUUCACUGCAGUGGGCACAUCCCAAGGCCUCUUGGAUUUAACUGGUCAUCAUCAUUUUCUCCCAGAAUAUUCUAUGUUUCUCUUCCCCACAGGCAAUCACACAAUGCAGCUUUAUUUAGAUUGUGAAUUAGAUGAAGACACCCAUUUGAGUAGCCAAGUAAAGUAUGGUUUUGAUGGAGAAGAUUUCAUCGAAAUAGAUGAACAUGGAAAAUGGAAGGUCUUGCAUCCUUUGGCCCAUAGCUUUGAAGACUUUUAUGAAGGUCCUGACAUCGCCAAACUUUUAAAUAAGAAAUAUUGCAUUGGGGCCAUGAUGAAAAUCCUUCAGAAGUCAAGCAUGAAAGAAAGUCUACCACCUGAGGUGUAUGUGUCCCGCCAAGAAUUCCCUAAUGGCACUAUCAGCUUUUCUUGUACAGCCACAGGCUUCUACUCACAAUCCAUCCAGAUGCACUGGAAGAAGGGUGUUGAUGGAGCUAUAGUGGGGAACAAGAGCUCCAGCAACGUACUUCCCAAUUCUGAUGAUACCUUUUAUCUCCGAAUUUCCCUGGAGAUCCAGCCAGGAGAUACUGGGACAGGUUAUGCUUGUGUGGUGGAGCACAGUCAGCUGGAGACACCAGCUGUGUACCCUGUUCCCGAGGAGCCUUCCGAAGGGAAUAUUUGGGUUGUUGUCUUGAGCAUCCUGCUAGCAGCCAUUCUGAUGAUUACCUGUUUUGUAAUCUUCAGGAAAUGGAGGAAGACAUAUUCAAGUUUGUACUGUUAGGUGAGAGGGAAAUGCAUGGGAAGAAGAUAAUAUAAAAGAAUUGGAGUUGUUAUUCUGGGGUUGGUGUUAAUAAUUGUAUACUUUGUAAAAAAGAACCCCAGAAACAUAGUAGGAAGGGACCUUGAAUUCUAUCUAAUCCAAACCUCAUAAAAAUGUCAUUUCUCUGUCCAUAAUUCCCAACAAAUGACCAUCCAUCCUUGGAUUAAGUAUUUCAGGUGAUGGGGAAGCCAUAGCCAUAAUUUUUCUUUACAUAUAUGUUUAUUUGUUUGAAAGGCAACAUGAUACAGUGGACAGAGAAUAUCUGAGUUCAGAUCUGGCUUCUGACACAAACUGGUUUUGUGUACAUAAAUCACUCAACCCUUCUUCAGUCCAGGCAAUUCUCUAAUACUCCAAGUUUCAUAGAACAUGCUUCCAUUGGUAGAGUUUUCUUGUCUGUGUUUAGCACAUACCUGCCACACAGACAGUCCUUCAAAAAGUCUUGAUAUAGAUGCGCUGAUCUGGAAGUUCUUUUCACCAGUAAAAUCACAGGUCCAGAGCUCAUAUCUAUAUUUGCUUUUUUAUAUCAACUACAUUUCCCACUGUGUUGACCCUCUACUCUUUCCUAGAAGUCCAUCCAUUUUAAUAAAGAAUUUAAAAGGUG